GCUGGCGACCGGAUCUAGCUAGUGCACUGGGACUUCUGGGUCAUCCGAGGUGCUUCCUGUUUAUGGUUGGUGUAUCUUAGCCGUGAAGAUGCCCGAAAGAGACAGUGAGUUGUUUUCCAAUCCCCUGGCCCCAGAUGGCCAUGAGGUGGAAGAUCUGCAUUCAUUCCAGUCAAAGCUGACAAAUGAAGACUUCCGUAAACUUCUUAUGACCCCUCGUUCAACGCCUUCUUCCGCACCACCUACAAAAUCCCGUCAUCAUGAGAUGCCACGCGAGUAUAAUGAGGAUGAAGAUCCAGCUGCCAGACGAAGGAAGAAAAAAAGCUACUAUGCAAAAUUACGACAGCAAGAAAUUGAACGCGAGAGAGAACUUGCAGAGAAAUAUAGAGACAGAGCCAAAGAGCGACGAGAUGGGGUCAACAAGGACUACGAAGAAACUGAACUCAUUAGCACGACAGCAAAUUACCGAGCAGUCGGACCUACAGCAGAGGCUGACAAGUCCGCAGCAGAGAAAAGGCGUCAGUUGAUCCAGGAAUCCAAGUUCUUGGGUGGUGACAUGGAGCACACUCACUUGGUGAAAGGUCUGGAUUUUGCUCUGUUGCAAAAGGUCCGUGCUGAAAUUGCCAACAAAGAGAAGGAAGAGGAGGAUAUCAUUGAAAAGCCCCAGAAGGAAACCAAAAAAGACGAAGAUCCAGAAAAUAAGAUUGAAUUCAAGACUAGACUUGGUCGGAAUGUGUACCGUAUGCUUUUUAAGAGCAAAGCAUAUGAGCGCAAUGAACUCUUUCUGCCUGGACGGAUGGCCUAUGUGGUAGACUUAGAUGACGAGUAUGCAGAUACAGACAUUCCAACCACACUUAUUCGAAGCAAAGCCGACUGUCCAACCAUGGAGGCUCAAACAACACUUACAACAAAUGACAUCGUAAUUAGCAAGUUGACUCAAAUCUUGUCCUACCUGAGGCAAGGAACUCGUAACAAGAAGCUGAAGAAAAAAGACAAAGGAAAGUUGGAUGAAAAGAAGCCUCCAGAGGCGGAUAUGAACAUUUUCGAUGAUAUUGGAGACUACGUUCCAACUGCAACUAAACCUCCUCGUGAGAAAGAGAGAGAGAAGCACAGGGAGAAGGAGCGGGAUAGGGACCGAGACCGUCUAAGAGACAGAGACCGGGAUCAUGAACGAGAACGAGAGAAGGAGAGAGAGAGGGUUCGGGAUAGAGAAAGAGACAAGGAAGAAGAGAAGAGGAGGCACAGCUACUUUGAGAAGCCAAAGGCUGACGAUGAGCCUCAAGAAACUGAAAAGGGACCUGGAUCAACCAAGGAUCUUCUUAAGUCCAUCAAUGAUAACUUCGCUGGAGCUCCUGGUUGGGAGGGAAUAGAAAUGAAGAAACAUGAAGACAAGAAGCAGUUGGGAGAUUUUUUUGGGAUGUGGAACAGUUAUGCUGAAUGUUACCCUGGAACUAUGGAUGAUAUGGCAGUUGACAGUGAUGAAGAAGUGGAUUACAGUAAAAUGGACCAGGGCAAUAAAAAAGGACCUUUGGGACGGUGGGACUUUGAUACUCAAGAAGAAUACAGUGACUAUAUGAACAAUAAAGAGGCUCUACCCAAGGCUGCAUUUCAAUAUGGUAUCAAAAUGUCAGAGGGACGUAAAACAAGACGCUUCAAGGAGACAAAUGAAAAAGCAGAAUUGGACAGACAGUGGAAAAAGAUCAGUGCGAUCAUUGAAAAACGUAAAAAGCUGGAGGCUGAUGGGGUUGAAGUGAAAAGACCUAAAUAUUAAAGAUGAUGUGGAUGUAACUGAUCUUCGUUUUCAGAUGUGGCAUUUUUCUUUAUUGAGACAGAUUAAAGUUGAUGUCUUUACAAUUUGACUACAAACUUACAUGUGAUGUAUCUUGUGGGACAAAGAAUUUUAUGUACUGUGUAUCAAGAUAUAGAUAGAUAUAUCACUGUUUAAAGUGUCCAAACCAGACAUUUAUGGCAAACGAUAUGCCAUAAAUGCAUGAAAGCCGCAGUCCACAUCAAUAGGACCCGCUCCGGUCAUGUACAGCUUUUGCUUUUCACUGCUAUAGGACUGCCUAAAAUAGUCAUGUCUGGCUCAGCUAUUUUCGUAACUCCCAUUGCAGUGACUGGAGGAGUGGUGUCCUCUGCAUUC